GUUUUAUCAAUUUAAUUCUGUCAGUAUGCCUAUCAUCUACACCUGAAAGCUAGACUAUUGUAUAGCCGGAUUCUAUAGGUGCUGUGCAAUUAUAUAAUUAUGGACGAAUUUAUUGUGAUUAUAAGGAAACUCGACACACCUACAAAUGUACUUUCAUCAGAUAUUAUACAGGAAGUUUUAACAAUAGCUAGAAAAUACUCAAAUCAGUCAAAGCCACAUGAAGAUGUAUGGGAGCAGAUUACAAAAUUAUUAUGGGCACAUUUACAUGUCGGUUUAGUUAAAUUUGACAACCAACUACUUUGUGGUACAUGUUUCUUUGCAGUCCUGGCAUUGAUGGAAAACCAACAUUAUUUAUAUGAUAUACAAGCUCAGUUAAUGAAUAGUUUAAAUUUGAGAUCUAAAAAUUGUAACAAUACAGCAUACACUCUGGUAACUUCUCUUACAUAUGGAAUGUUUCAAUCCGCAUUUGUAACUUAUAAAAGAAAUAGUAAUGUUGAAAUUAUAGAAAAAGUUCUUGAAAGUACAUUUGAAUUAUUAUUGUCUAUGGCAUAUGAAUAUUCAAGGUAUACAUAUAUAGUUUUCAAAACCAUUAACUCAUUCAAAAAAGUAUUAGGUACAGAUUUUGAAAAUUGUAUCUACAGUGAAGAGAAGGUAGUAAGGUUGCUUAAUUUGGUGAACCACAAUUGGGAGAAUCCUGUAACAGGUGUGAGGGACUUGAACAAAGGAAUUUUUCAAACACUAAUAUGUGUUCUUAACAAUGAUAUGUAUGGGGUUAUAGUCCAGGAGAUUAGUGGCUUCUAUUGGAACAAAGCUAAAUAUUUGAUGCUAUCAGAAAUAAUAGCAAAGUAUAAAGGCGAUAUUGUAGCAGACAUUGUUAGUAAUAACUGGAGAGAUGGACUCCUCAACAGCUUGUACAAACCUGGCUUAGUAUCUGCUGGUGCUGAUAUGUACUUUGCUGUAUUAUAUCAACUAAGAGCAGAGGAUAAAUGGUGUAAAGUAUUCCUGUAUGAUAUAAUAAAAAUAUUAACAAGUUCAACUGCCAAAGCAAUUGAUAACUUCAGUAAUUACUGGUGCCUGGCCACAUUGAAGAAAUUUCCAGCUCUAAUUACAGUUAUAAUUAACGAGUUGGAACAAUACCAGGAUGUAGAACAAAAAUUGUAUGGUACAUUACAUUUAUUGAAACAAGGCAAUAAGUUAGGUCUUGUAACAAAACAUUGGAAUACAGAUGACUUCAAAACAACAGAAUAUCUAGUGUUACGCGGCAUUGAACACUGUGAUCCUUAUGUUAGAAUGUUGGCAUUUGAAUUUGUUUGCAUAUCACACAGUAAAUCAUUACCAACACAAUUUGAAUAUGAUUUAAUUUUAAACUAUGUAUAUAACAAUAUAAAUUCAGAUAGCACUGUGUUAAGAGUAAGUAUGCUGGGCAGUUUGACUUCAUUCUUCACAUGGUUACAUUCCAUAUUUAUAAAUAGUAUUAACAUUAAUUGUGAAAACAAUGAUAUGCAACAUUUGUUCAAUUUCUUCCGAAAUAUUCAGCAGUUUGUUAUCAAAUCCUUGAAUGUGAAUGGUAAUUAUCAAAGAAAAUUCACAACUAUAAAAUUAUGUCAAAUAGUAUUGAGCUCCUUGAAUGAACUACCGAGAAAGAAACGAAAGCAAGCAAAGCCGUUUAAGAGAACAGCGAAACAAGUAUUGAAAGAUGAAGGACAAUGGUUACUACAUGGAACCGACUUUAUCCUGAAAUUAUUGAAUCUAUUAAAGGAUCCAGCUGAUGAUGUUAGAGAAAAUGUACUACAAUUAUUAUUGGACCAUUAUACUGAGGAAAUCAAAGCACCUUUGCUAUGGAACAACUUGGUGGACGAUGCUCAGGCAGCUAUGAGGAGUAAAUUUUUCUACCAAAUCAGUUGCAGUCAAAGUAUGUUUAAACUAAUAACUUGUACACUUCUAAAAGAGCAUACCUUUGACACUAAUUUCAGAAGUGUGGAAGACAUUUUCUUUUUCGCAUACAAUGAACUUAUAAGUGAAUAUAACUUGAAGACUAAUAUUAUAAAUUCAAUAGAAAAUGGUAAACAGCUGCAUUCUCUCAUAAGCGUCCUACAUGUAACUAUGGAAGUUUCCAGAAAUAGAUCUCAUGUAUUUGCCAUUUCACAAAACAAUAUGAGCCAACUUAUAGACACCAUAGAAGGAAUUUCCAAUCAGUUUGCAUGGGAACAACAAACAUUGACGAGUUCAGACUUUUCAAAGAUGAGUGAUAUGGUGCAAGAUAUGAUUGCCUCAUCGGGUUACGAUCCACACGAUGCAAAGGAUCUCACUAAGAUAUCUGGGCUACAACAAAUUGUGCUGAAUUGCCUCUGGCUAAAUGUGAAGGCAUCCUGCGACUUAGCAUCGCUAUUGAUACGGUUUAAUGUGGAGGACAUGGGGACAUGUGAGAAAUGUCUUAAGAUAAUCAUACACGCUUUAGAAACAUCUCGCCAUAAGGGGGCUAUUGAGGCGGCCGGCAGCGCUCUAGGUAGAGCAAUACAACAUUUGACAUCUUUACCUGAAGAAACCGAAGCUAGUCGUCUGCCCUUCUCAUUGCUGAAAUGCAAACUUGAGGAGUUAAUAUCAGACGCUGGCAUGAAGUCUUCAGUUACCAGGCGGGGUGCUGGCCUCUCCAUAAUGGUACAUAGAAUUGUCUCCAGUGACAUGAAAAAGGGAAAGCCAUUAUUCCAUUACUUUAUGGAAACUCUUCUAGAAGUUUGUAACAAAAUCGACGAUGUACCAAGUACAAUGAACGAAGAGGCGGACAUAGACAAUCAGAGAGACCUACCAAAAGCAAUAUAUGUUCACUUUUUAACGAAAAUUGUCAUAGACAGCAGCUUGGCGUCUGAUAUGAUGCAUUAUUCCGCAAAGUUGGCAGAACUGGCAUUCAAUAAUUUAACUAGUGCACAUUGGCAGAUAAGGAAUGCAGCCCUUCAGUUGUACGGUGCACUAAUACCAAAGCUAAUAGGACAGAAGAAAGCGUCAGGAUCAGAAGACGAGACGGUAUCCACAGUUGCUUGCGACGAAUUCCGCACGCAUUCGCCCAACUUAUGGGAGCACAUUGUACAAAGCUUGCAACACUGCGAGAAGCACGAUACAGUGUUGACACAUUCCAACCUCGUUCCCAUAUUGAAUGUACUCGCCAAUAUUGCGAGGAGAUAUAACUUUUCUUUCGACACAGUAUCGAGGGAAGAAUCUGAUGGAUCUCUGUUAAAAAACCUCAUAUCUUUAUUGGGAAGUCCACUUUAUAUCGUUAGACGGCUAAGCGCUAAAUGCAUAUAUAAUAUAUAUCAGUUUGAAAGUAUUUAUAAAGUUAUUAUGAAUCAAGAAUACACAUCUGAAAAUGUUCUUCAUGGAACUCUCAUAUUAAUAACGUUUUAUAAAACAGUCGGUAGCAUGCAACUACCUAAUAACUUUGAGAAUUUAAAAAGUAAAUUCAUUAUUACUAUUGAUUCCAAAAGACAUUCAUAUUUGUGUCGAUUGUUACAUGAAGAAUUGUUUAUUGGCGGUCCACUACAGUUAAAAGACAUUAUAGAAACGUUAAAGGAAGUAGUAAAUAAUUCAGAUAAACACGGAGCCUCGUUAUGGGCAAAUAAACGCGUCGAGAAAUAUAUAAUCAUGUCGCAGUGGUCUGAAGUAGUCGAGAUAUUAAAUAAUAUUCUAGAACAAACAGAUUGUGAAUAUUAUUUUAAAACGAUAUUGCAUAAAAUAAAAACGGAUCGUAACGUACCGAAAGAUAUUCUUCAAGAAAUUGCAAAUGUUUUAUUAGGUUAUAGAAAGAAAUUUAAUUCCUGUACAAUUUGGGAGAUUCUUUUUGAAAUAUCUUUGGAAAUUGAUUCGUUUGCGUUGAAAGAGGUAAAAGUAAUAAUAGAAUAUAUACAAAACUAUGGAGUGUCGUAUAAAUUGAGGUAUAUAUUACGGUUUAUAGCAAGAAUAUCUAUAAAUAUAGAAGAAAAUAAUUUGUUGCAAUUAUCAAAAAUUAUUAAUUCAUUAAGCGACCCAGAAACAACAGAUGUGGAUAUGAGAUAUAUAGCAACACUGGCUAACAAUGAAUUGGCAAAUUAUUUUAAUAAACUGUCCGAUGAAGUAAGAAUUAAUUGUAUCAAAUCUGCUGUGACACUUUUGCAAGAUGAGGAUGAAGUUAUUCGGUGUACAUGUUCAUUGUUCUACAGAAAUGUAAAAAUGGACAGUGUUAUAUUACAGCCGUAUAUAGUUUUGCAUAAAAUUCUGGACUAUACAUUUAUGGAGUCAGUUUUUCAGAAUCCUGAAAGUAAUAUUCAAGAUUUAUCCCGAGAUGUCUUGACCGUAGUAUCUGACACGAAAUGUCGACUUACUGAUGAAUACAAUCCCUUUAGUAAUGACUCGAAAAAUAUCUACAUGGAAGUGGAUAUCUUACAGGACUUAAUAGACAAAUUAAAAAGGUAGAAAUCAUAAAUUAAAGUACUGUGUUUGAGAGAAUUUUGACUUUUAA